AUGUCUGGAUCGUCAUCCACAAACGAGCAGCAAGACCAGGAAACACCACAACAAACGCAACAGCAACCCCAAGAUGAAACGCAACAACAACAGCAGCAAGAAUCAAAUUGUCCGCAGCAACAUCCGAAAUGGGCUUGCGAGUACUGUACUUACGAGAACUAUCCUCUGUCACUCAAAUGCACCAUGUGUAAAGCGCCAAAACCACUUCUCAACGAAGACAUUUUUCGACUUAGCCCCACGCAACAACUCUGCGCAACAAAUCGUUCGAACCCGAAUCUAGUGACCGAUGCGGUAACAACGGGUGCCGUGCCGCCGUUGUUGGCGACACAAUCAACGUUCGCAGCGCCGAUCGAAUUUGAAUCUAACCAAACCCGAUGGUCAUGCAGUGGUUGUACCUAUCUAAAUCCUCCCCACUCCCGGCGCUGUUUGCAGUGUAGCACACGGAAGGAGGACCCUACCGCGAUUCUAUCAAAUGUACCCAUCGCUCCUAUGUCCCGGCAACCCAAGGCCUCGCCACCGAAAGUGAUAACCGAUUAUGCGCGCAUCAGUGAACAGCUUAACGCGAUGAACAUAGGCCGCAGUGGUUCCGAUGAUCCUGUCGUACCACCAGACAUGCCAGCAGGGGGUCCGGGUAAGCGACGGAACAAUUCCCCCUCGACGACGGCGUACGGUUCGAGCUCUUCGUGCCGGAUACCAGCGGAGAAAGAAACGGAUACGAGCGGAAAAAGUGGUGCCGGCCUCAAGCACGGAUCAUCGACACCAUCACCGGUGACUUGCUCGCCCGUCAACGUCGGUGGCAAAUGGUUUUGCGCGGCGUGCACAUACGAAAAUUGGCCCAAAUCGCUCAAAUGCUCGAUGUGUUUACAUUCUCGCGAUACGGCAACCGGAGGUGGAGGAAGGAGCAAUCUGGCAGUCGCGGCCAAAGUAUCGCCCGAGCACGACGAGAACAGCGUGGCCAGCAACAUCAUUGUGAACAAUAAGCGCAAUCAGCAGUUUGUAGCGCAUGCAGAUGGAAUAAACAACAUGGACGUUUACCAGCAGGAGCGGCAUCUCCGACUGUUGCGCCGCCAACCGGACUGGGAUUGGCUCAAUGCGUGCAUAGGCAUCGCAGAGAACAACAUCGGAGCAGUCGAGGCUUAUCUGGACUGCGGUGGUGACCCUAGCCGCGCUCUAACACCGGCCGAAGUAAACCUUCUUAGUCAGAAUAACUGUGCUUUCGAUGUGGGGCAUACACUUAUACAUCUGGCCAUUCGCUUCCAUCGUGACGAAAUGCUGCCUCUCCUGCUCGCGCAAAUUUCCGGUUCCGGGCCCGGCAUCAAGCGCGUACCGUCCUACGUGGCGCCCGAUUUAGCGAGCGACAUUCGGCGACACUUUGCACAAUCGCUACGGAUACGGAAGGCAUCGUUCAAUUGCCAGUACGUGAAUGAACAUGCUACGUUUUCACUUCCGGCCGACAUCGAGGAGCUGCCACUUGCACUGCAGGAGCAGCUGUACGAGGAGCUGCUCGAUAAAGAUGCCCAAAAGCAACUCGAAAUGCCGCCACCCGCCCUGAACUGGUCGUUGGAGGUCACCGAUCGGCUCGGGUCACGGUUGAUGGUGCUCUGGAAUCGAAGUGCCGGCGACUGUUUGCUGGAUUCUGUCAUGCAAGCAACCUGGGGUGUUUUUGAUCGCGACAAUAUGCUGCGCCGAGCGCUUGCCGAUAGCUUGCAUCAGUGUGGUCAUAUCUUCCUUCCACGAUGGAAAGAGAACGAACAAUUUCAGGCGGCCAUGCUGCAGUAUACACUGGCCGAACGCCAGCUGGAGGAAGACUGGAGUACGCUACUAUCGCUCGCCAGCCACCCGGGCUCGUCGCUCGAACAAUUGCACAUCUUCGCACUAGCCCACAUCAUGCGCCGUCCGAUCAUCGUGUACGGCGUAAAGUACGUGAAGAGCUUUCGCGGGGAAGACAUUGGCUUUGCCCGCUUCGAAGGUGUCUAUCUGCCGCUGCUAUGGGAGCAAAGCUUUUGCAUUACGUCCCCAAUAGCCCUUGGUUACACCAGGGGACACUUUAGUGCGCUCGUACCUACGGAACCGUAUUCGCGUAUCGAUGCUACGAGGGACGAACGCGAAGACAUCACCUUUCUGCCACUAAUGGACAGCGAGAUGAAGCUUUUGCCGGUUCAUUUCUUAAGCAAGAACGAAAUUGGUCGCGAAGAGAUUUUGAUCCGACAGUGGCUGGAAGUAUGCGAAACCGAAGGAGGACUGCUGGUUGCACAGCAGAAGCUACACAAACGUCCACUGUUAGUCGCUCAAAUGCUCGAAGAAUGGCUAAACCACUAUCGACGGAUAGCAAUUUCUAGGCUGUUUUAAAAUACAAACCAAUCCUGUUUCAACAAGUAGCUCCACACAGGCAACGAAGGUACUGCUAGAAUUAGUCAUUUUAUUAUCGUUGAAGGUACGUCAAACUUUAGCACGCUGCGGCCGAUAUACGGAAAGGUGCGUAGCAAUAAUAUAAUGUGUUUGCUGGUUUGGGAUCAUGAAUUGUGGUUUGAUGCCAAUGCGCUUCCGAUUUGGGACAACCAAAUGGAGGUUUCGUGGGGGAAUUAUUCUUUCGCCCUUCGUACGUGUGUAAGUGUUCGGUGAAAGUGUUAUUAUCCUAUACAUUUUAAAACAUCGCUCUCGGAUGGCGGUGGAAUAUUGAGUAACCCGAUGGCAGGAUUUUUAAAUGGUUCAAUGUGUACUAGUCGUAGUAUCCGUUCGGCUGUGCUGCGUUCGCUUCCUGCGUACGAUUGUUGCAAAACGAAUAUUACUGAUGGUGCUGCGGUACUCCUUUCAAAAGCCGUACGUAAGUGCGAGAGAACCCUGAUGAUGAGAGAAUAUAUUUUUGUAUCCCGUUUUCUCUAACUUUUUAUCAGCAGUUCAUUCCCAAAAAUACUAUCGGUACCACGGUCCCACAAACUUGUAAUGCUUCAUCCACACCGAUGAGGCUAUUACUAAAGGCAGCAACAACCGUUUGCCUUUAGUGUUCCGAACCUAGUUUUAAGAAUAAAUACCGAAUCCUGUUCUUUCCGAAAUCAUUUAUCCAAACAAUUCUCAAAAGUUUUUGCAAUAAGCAUCCCGAGUCGUUUCUUGACUCCGUGUCAUCAUGGAAGUCUUUUUUUCUGACGGUGUGCUGGAAGGGUAACGGAAAAGUAUUAAAAUCGAACCAGCUUUGAGUUAAGCAUUUCCCAACUCCACUACGCGUAAGGAACUGUGUUAUCCGGUGGUAUAGAGCAUCUGUGAUUGUCAAUUACGCCAGUGGGAUGAUGCACCGCGAUCGCUACAAGCUACCGAAGCAUAAAUACAUUCGAAAACUCAAUGCAACAAUGCACGGUAAACCCGGUGACGUAUAAGCAGUACUUGUUAUCGAGCCCGAAAGCUUUUUACCAUUAUCGCGAACCACAUCCGCACGCGAAUACGAAAGGAGGUAGCCCUAUGUACGCUUGAGUUUCAGCACAGCUCCAUCGCCUCGUUGGUGGUAUUCGCAAACUUUCAUCAAGCUGCAGAUGUAACUAAAAACAUGGCUCGAUAGAAACCCCAAUUCGUUCGAAAAUUGAAUUGCACAAGAUCGAUGCUGCAUGAAAGGCUUCAAGAAGCCGUCCCGUUCCACAAUGUCCUACACCGUAGACCAGGUAGAAUAGAUAAACUAAGGAACAGAGAGCCAGAAAAAUUUUAUUCUACACAUGCGCACGCGCAAAGUAAAACACGCACCGUGUGGUGAUGCGGCCCCACGGUGGAUAAACGAUGUAACUAAAGAAUCAAGCUGCGAACAUGAUGCGAAAAUAGUUUGCCGAAAAAAUAGAUAAAAUCUAUUUUGAGGAAUAUUGAUUUCUAGUGCUGCUACUGUCUAAUAUCAUACCUUUAACUCCUACACACAUUGUUACAUUUUGUUAAGUUUCAACGUGGUGUUCGUUCGCUUUUUUGGGUUCAAAACUGGUAGCGUGUACAUAGGUUGCGUUGAACGAAGAA